GGCAAAGCAGAGAAUCGUGCGUAUUAGAUAUUAUUGGUAUACAUUCAACGAUAAACAUGUGGUCGCCGCAAUACUGCUUUGUCGGUUCUCCACGGCUCCAACGAAUGCACGGCGAUUGAGCGCACAGCGAUGUUACUUCGUUGGCUCGUUUGCUGACCGGUUCGCUGUGUUGCACGUUGGUGGAUCGGCUUGCUUUUCCUGCUAUAAUCGACUGGUUGGUUGAAUUGUUAGCGUUGGCUCCCAAAACGAAGGCAACGAGCGAUGUGAAUUCGGUCAUUUAGUAGAAUCGCGAGCUCAAUACGGUGCACACGCUUUGAACGGAUGAAUGGCGGAGUACACGUGUAUAUUUUGACGACUAAAAACAGUGAAUGUGAAUCAGUGACGAGGCUUUUGUUUGGGUGAAUUGGUUUAUGUGCCAUGCAAGCUAACCGUUAAUCACAAAUAUUAAUACACAAUUGAAGUGAGAAACAAAUUGAAAUCGAAAAUAUCAAGCUGCUCUUAUGGCGAAAGUGUAUUGUGUUUCUAUUAUUGGCAAAACAUAUCAAAAGCAACGAAUUCCCUGCUUCACGGGAUGCGGCGUUCGUAAUAUGCAGUGUUUGCGGUUAACUUUACAUAUAAUGGCUUUCGCAAGAGCUGUGCUUGUGUUGGUGCUUGAAUGAAUGCUUGCAUAUGAGUUACCCGAUAUUGUGGGAAUAUUGCAAAUGAAAUCAAAAAACAACAAAUGCAAAAACAUAAGCCAUCUACGAUAGUGAUUCGGCAAAUAAUUUAACAGGAAAUAAUCGACGAGCACGCCAACGCCGCAUGCGGCACCAACAAAAGCGACAAUAACGCAGAGAAAAACUUUUUCAACGAAAAAAUAUAAUGACUAAAUUAAAAAUGAAUACGGCGGUUAACAAUAUUGCUGGCUGCAAAAACUACGUAAAUAGUAAAUAUAAAAAGUGUAAAAACAAUAAUAGAAAUCGCCGCGAGAAUAUCAACUGCGCCGUUGGCGAACUACAACGACUGCAAAACAGCGAACAAAUAAGCGUAAGUACAACGCAACAGAAAACACCGUUACACCAACGAACACACAGCGUGCAGCACACUGAUAAGCGCGACCGCAAGCAUAGCAACGUGCCACACCAUCAACACUGCCACCACUACCACCACCACCACCAGCAGCAAUGCCAUCAACAGCAGCAGCAUCAACGGCAGCUCCAGCAUCAGCUUUUACAUGACCACCAGCAAAAUUGUGCGACAACAAAGCGCUGUGUCGAGCAAGCGCAACAACAAGGCGAACAACAUAAGCAGCUAUUUCCGACAAAUGCGCACGAUAAACGGCAGCAACAUUUUAAUCAACAACAUCCACAACAUGAAGGCCGACGGCAGCAGCGCUACACACACCAGCUGCAACAGCAACAACAACAGCGACAUUUGCGGCUGUGGCCAUCACUAUGCAUCGCCACCAGCAAAAGCAACAAUAUCAAUUGUAGUAGCAACCACACCACCAGCACAAGUAAAUUCAAUUCAACAGAAGCAUCACUUCACACACCCAGCACAGCAGCAUUGACCACAACCCCGUUAUUCUCUUCAUCGUCAACGCGUGGUUGCGCAUCGUCAGCGACGGCGAAAGUUUCGGUGGCGGGGACGGCGGCUGCAGUUGCGACGCAGGGAAGCCAGCGCGCCGCAUACAUACUGAAAACCGUCAGAUCGGCCUCACAAGCUGCGACAACAUAUUAUCUGUGGUGGCUAUUUGGUGUGUGUUUAGUCCUCUUCACAAACGGUGGACGUGACUGGCGGUCUGCGGAAUUGACGCGUACAACAUUUAUGGUGGCAGCUACGUAUUUAGAACCGGACGAACUGAUACACGAACUCGAUAGACCAGUGCCCUUGACACCGGUGCAAGGUGUGUUGGGUCGACAAGCGAUGCUGCCUUGUGAUAUUUCUCCAAUGGAACGGGACGAUGCCGUUUACAUGGUGCUGUGGUUUCGGGAGGGUGACGGAGAGCCAAUUUAUAACUUUGACGUGCGUGGUCGACAAUUUGGACAGGCGCGGCUGUGGUCUUCCGAAUUGGCAUUCGGACCACGCGCCUACUUCAGCAGCACGUCCCAUCCCGCACAACUGAAAAUCGAUAACGUACGCAUCGAGGACGAAGGCGUCUACCGGUGUCGUGUGGAUUUUCGCAAUUCGCCGACACGAAAUCUGAAAAUCAAUCUCACCGUCAUUGUGCCACCGGAUCGUCCAGUCAUUUAUGGACCUAACAGACACGAUAAAGCCAGCAAUGUGGAAUCGUUUAACGAAGGAACGGAUAUAGUGUUAGCUUGUGAAGUGACAGGCGGACGUCCACGUCCAAAUGUAACAUGGUAUUUAGAUAAUACGGUGAUUGAUGAAUCUUUCGAGCAUCGCCCGGACGGCAAGACUGUUAACCACUUGUCAUAUCCAAAUAUUGGACGACAACAUUUGAAUGCGAGAUUAGUUUGUGUGGCGAGCAAUACGAAUUUGACGCCGCCGAACAACAAAGUGGUCAUACUGGAUGUCAAUUUGAAACCAGUCGCUGUGCACAUAAUGACAAAGGAUCGUUUCGUAUCUGCUGAUCGCACAUACGACAUUGAAUGCAAGUCUUCCGGUUCAAAGCCAGCUGCGGUCAUUACAUGGUGGCGCAACAAUAAGCAACUGAAAAAAUUCACCAAAAAUUUUAAUGAACCCGACAAUCAAUCUCUAAGUAUAUUGACAUUCACGCCCACCCGCGAGGACGAUGGCAAGUAUUUGACGUGUCGUGCCGAAAAUCAAUUCAUCGAAAACAGCUCCAUAGAGGACAAGUGGCGGAUGGUUGUGCACUAUCAACCAACGGCUCAUCUGAAAAUGGGAUCUUCAUUAAAUCCAGACGAUAUUAAGGAGGGUGAUGACGUCUAUUUUGAAUGUGUUAUACAAUCGAAUCCCAAACCCUACAAAAUGUCAUGGUUUCAUAACGGCAAGGAACUGCAUCACAACAUCUCAGCCGGCAUUAUCCUUUCGGAUCAAUCACUCGUGCUGCAGAGUGUCUCACGUGCAUCCGCUGGUGAUUACACGUGUUUGGCUGUGAAUUCGGAGGGAAGGGGCGCCAGUAAUCCGGUUUCGUUACAUAUACGCUUUGCACCCAUUUGUGCCACCGAUCAUGAAGAGCUGCUGGGCGCCCUAAAGCACGAAACAUUGCUGCUAAAAUGUGAAGUGGACUCAUCACCGCCAGCGGAGGCAUUUACAUGGACAUUUAACUCGUCCGGCGAACAAACAGAAUUGCCCGCUCGACUGCACUCAACGGAGACUGGCAUGUCACGACUGAACUAUACUCCAGCAACGGAUCUCGAUUAUGGCACAAUAUCUUGCUGGGGGCGAAAUUCUAUUGGCCAGCAAAAGAAUCCCUGCAUUUUUCAAAUCGUAGCUGCAGGUCGUCCAUUUCCAUUGCAAAAUUGCACUGUAACAAAUCAAUCCACCGAUUCACUGCAAGUGGAUUGUCUGGAGGGUUUCGAUGGUGGGCUACCUCAAGGCUUCAUAUUAGAAUUAGUGGAGUUGAAUAAUUUGCGUUUAGCACGGAAUUUAAGUUUGUCGCAUCCGCCAGUGAGUUUUCUCAUCGAAAAUCUCGAUCCCACAGCAACUUAUCGAAUGAUCAUAUUCGCCAUGAAUGCCAAGGGACGUUCGGAGCCAACCAUAAUUGACGACAUAAACUUCAAAGGCGUGGCCAAAUUUACAGGCGCUUCGAAUGGCCUAACGGUACCCCUUUCACCUUUUCUGGCUGGGCUUACACUCUUCUGUGCGCUACUCUUUGCCAUAUCCUGCAUUGCUCUUGCGGCAAUAUACAGGCGGUUCUCAAACAGGCAAAAUGAUGGUAAUUUAAAACCAACGAAGCACACGCAACUUUCAAUACCCCCCGAUUGUCAGCUUGAUCCAUUACAACCGAACAACCACCAUCACCAACAUCUGCAGCAUAAUCAUGAGCAAAGCAAUCACCAGGCCCAUCACAGUCUACUACAGCCGAAUAUCAGCGAAAGUGCCAAUGGCGGCGGUGGCACCUCACCCUCUGUCGGCGGUGUCAUCGGUGGUGGUGGAGGUGGCGUCAUGGGUGGUUUGAUUGGCAUUGAUUCGUCCACAUUGCGGUCAACGGCAACCAGCCAUCAUCGACAAAGUCCACUGGUGAUGGGCGAGGCGUUAGAAGGUGAUGACACGGAUCCAGAUGUUAUACCCAAUCAAUAUGAAAAACGUCCACUGAAGUCGCAGGUGGCCUCGCCCAUAUUCCGCAGCCCCUCAGCGCGCUUACUGCAACGCGACUACAGCAGUCUUGCGGACACGGAGCGCGCUGGCACAUUGAGUAGCGGGAGCGUGAUUGGCGGCAUCACGAACAGCUCAACACUGAGCAGCGCCGACGGCAUCUCCAGUCUGGGCUCAUUGGUCGGAAACAGCAGUGUUGGAAGUGUUGGUGGCAUUGGCGUUGGCAACGAAGUGUUGCACUACACAUUUAGGCCAAGUAAACAAUUGAGUUAUGCAACAUUAAAUAAAAAGGGUAUAACCACAUGUAGUCCACCGCUGAAUAUCUCACUUUAUAACACAACAACUACAGCAUCAUCAUCGUUAUCCUCAACAUAUCACUCGACGCCACAGCCACAGCCAAUGGAAGUGAGUUUACUCAGUCCAAAUAAUCCGUCGGUGACUUCCUCGCUCAGCGAAUAUCGAUUUCGGCCGGAAGUGGUAACCACAUCGAAUCGCAUACAGGAAAGUUGUAUAUAAAUAGAUAAAAACGAAAAUAACACACAUCUGAGUAUAAAUAAAAUAUGUUGUGUAUGUGUAUAUGUUGUGUAUAUAUAAGUAAUACAUAUGUAUGAAUAAUGAUGGAUGGACUAAAAUAGACUGACGUAAAUUAAUAAUUUGUUCUUCGACGUCCAAUUUUUAAGUGUGAUUUAAACAUACGCUUCUGUAGGAGCACAGCUUUGGUUAUUUUAUUUUCUUUAUUCGUAACAAAUGCUGGCACACACAUACAUACAUGCAUAUGUACAUAUGUAAAAUCAAUUUAUAACAUAUAUUAUUUACAGUAGGUUGUUUAUUUGUGUUUGUACUGCGGCUGCUGUUGCUGCAAAUGAGCAAUCUACAAAGUGACAAAAUAAAUACCGCUAUUUUACAAUAAAUAUUUGCCUGAUUUAACGGGACAGUUAACAGUUUUUACACAAAAAACAUCUUGGAACCGCGCACACUUUUCAUAUUGACCUCUUUGAAAUUUAAAAAAAAGCAGAAAAUCGGCUUGACCUGUUUUCCCACAUUCGAAUAAUAAAGCUUACGAUUAUUUUAAAGCUCUGCGGUGGAUUUUAUGCGGGGACAUUGUCUCUGAAAGGUUUUGCUCAUUAGUAAAAAUAAAUCCAUUAUCUUUGCACUAAAUUGUAGAUUUAGUUAAAUUUGUAGAUUUAUUUAGCACUGUUCGAAUUAUCCCAAUUAGGUGAAAUAUGCACCGUUUAGUUCGAUAACUUGUUAGGAUUUUGAAGGUAAUUUCAUAAUGUCAAACUCAUAGAAACUCUCUUCCUUAUUGGCAAAAAAUGGAACGAUCGUUUUUAAUUAGCUUGACUUAAGGGUCCUGGCUUGGCCAUGAUUUGCUCCGGCUCACCGUGGGUCUGCCACGACCGUUUUUACUUGACGUUGUCGUAUGUGACCCAUUUUUCAUCACAAGUAAUCAUUCGCUUCAGAAAUGGUUGGAGUUUGUUGCGAUUCAGCAGAUAUUCGCAGAUGGAAUUUCGUUCAACGAGAAUUUUUGCGUUAACUCGUGGCACCGAGGUUCUUUUUAUAUUCAGCCUUAUUUAGCAAACGCUUUUUUGUGCAAGGUUUAACUCCUAGAAAAACGAAAAGUGUUUGGCGGUCGGACUCGACGAUUUCCAUUAUUGUAUCGAUAUCGUGGUACAUCCUUGACGUCGAAAUUGCCGGAAAGGAUUCGUUGAAACUAAAAUUUUGCAUUCAAGCAAUACUGCAGCAAGCAAUCACAAAAUCGUCUGAGAGGGCUUUUUGGUAUAAAAUUGUAUAUCUCACUUAUACAGCGCAAGAUACAGAGUUAUAAAACCAUCAAUUUUAAAAAUAAUGGAUUUAUUUUUACUGAACCUAAUAUCUUUAAUAAAGGAUCGAUAAAGCUUGCAUACAGUUUAGGUAUGUAAAAAGCCAUCAUUUGAUUUUUAUUGACUGAGAAGUACAAAGGACACACAACUCAAUUCUGUAAUUCGGAAGAAUUGAUUUACAAAAACAAUGCUAGCUAUUAUUUCAGAAUUCACGUGCGUUUAUAACGUCAUACUCAUUCUUCCAAUAUUUAUAAAGCAUCAAAUGUCGAAAGCUCAUCCAAUGAAAAGUGUUUAGUGCUUUUCGUUAAUCAAUCGCUAUUACAGCAAACUAAAUAAACCAUGCAUAAUUUAUUAAUAUGCAAAUAGCCUGUAUAGCCGAACUCAACUCGAAAAGCUCUGCAUGGCAAAUAGAAUUAGCUUAUGAUAUGUCCACUAACAACUUUGUACGUGUGUCUGUGCAUUUGUAAACCCGAUAUUCAAUUAAGCUAAUACAAACUGCCAAUUUGUGUUUAACCAACAACAAUAACAAAUAAUUCGAGAAAGCUUUUAAAUACAAAUACAAAUAGAAAAAAAUAAUAAACCAUAGUGAAGCUGUAUUUGCUUAUAUAUUUUCAACUAUAUAUGUACAUAUAAAUACUAUAUAUGGAUUUGUGUGUGCGUUCAAUGUCGCCGCGGCUAUAAUUAUCCUGUCAGCGCUGCUCUGCUUAGUUGCUGGUGUGCACGUUCAUUGCCGUUUAUAUGUAUAUGUGUAUAUAUUGUAUAUAUAUGUAUGUGUGUGUCAACCUAGUUAUAUAUGCCAUAAGUAUGUGAAUAUAAUUAAUUAAUUACUGUUUUUAACCAAAUUUUAAUUGUAAUGAAGCGAAAAUCGCACUGUCAUUCUAUAUUUUGCGCAGCCAAGCAUUUCAAUUAAAUAAUAAUUAUAUGAAAUAAAUGUAGCUGUAUAAAAAGUCAAGUUAGCGUAUAUACCUUUGGAAGAUUCCAAAUAGUUUAAUAGCAGAAUGAAUGAAAGAAGAGGACGGAAAACAUUUUUCAAUUAUUUCCAUAGGAAAUUUGUACAUAUCACAUGUGAACACCCGUUUACCCAUUUGUUUUAGUAACUGUUUUAACUGCCACAUAUGUAUAUUUUCAGCUGCAAACACUUUCAUUUCACAUUUACACGUAAACAUAAAUACUAACACAAUUUAGCUGCUCUGGAAACCUUAAGGCAACUCUCUUCAACCUGCCCAAGCCAUUUAUCAAGAGUCCUAACAUAUCAUAUUUGCAUAUUCACAUAAUAACAAUCGUUCAAACUGCUCUUUGUGGAGUUUAAAAAGAAAUUUUACAUGUAUAUUGUUCUUUUCUAACCUAAAAUUGCUGUUUUGAAAAAAAUUAAUUUUUUUUUGUAAUUAAUGCUAGAAGCGCACUUUUAUGCAGAUAGGGUUUUAUCAGAAGAAAAUAAUUAUUUGAUUUUUGACGAAAUAUCACUUGAAAAGUAAGAUCGAACCCUGCUACUUGGUAGUAGUGCCUCUAAACUCAACAUAUCAGUUACUACGAUACAAAACAACAGUUUAGUACAGUAAAUUAGAAAGCGAACAUUUAUUAAACAUACGCAGUAUUUUGUACUCUCAUUUUACUUCUGCUUAUCCUUACGUCGAUGAAAAUGUCUGCUAAUUAAUAAAACCUUACGAGUGCACCACAAAAAAUUGUUUCCAAAAACUGUUUUUAUUACUAUAUUUAAUUACGCUCCUACUAUGUGGAAAUUACUUCAUUUGAACUAGGUAGAGUCCCGUUUUAGAAGUAUAUCGACCAUAUCUGUACUCCCAUAAGUUGAUUCCUUAUUUUUAAGGAAAACCAAAGUGGGAUAAAUCUCGUAAGCAUGUUUAUGCGGAUAGACAAGUUCCCCCUUUCAUCCUUUCUACAAAGUAGAUUUAUGCGUGGUUUUAUAGAGAAGGAUGUUAAAAGGUUUCAUAUCCUCUAAUAAAUAACUAUAACUCUAUUUAUUAAAAGGCGAAUAUGGCUUCAAGAGAAUAAAUGUAAAAUUUUCAAACACUCAAAUGACGAAGUGGAUAGCGUUUAAUAAUUUAAGGCAUUUCUAUCGCUUUUAUUAUUCGCCUUUUUAAUAUACUCAACUUGUAAUAUAAUUGUCGAAAAAAUUUAAAAAAAAUAAAUCUCAGCAUUAAAGUUAAUAACUACUUGAAGUUUUCAAUAGAUAGUCAACGAAAUUUUUGAUUAGACCAAAAAUUUAUAGAUUUCUGAAAACCAUCACAUUUCUAAACAUAUCUAUCUUAAUGCAGAAGAUAUUUCUAAACAUAUCCACUUAAUUGCAAAAAUGCAACUACUGAUUUCAAUCCAAAGUAUAAAGAUAAGCACUUGUUAAACUUACCACAGUUACUUUUAGUUUUCCCUGCGCAAUAAUGAAUGCAUGAAAUAACUUGAAUUUUAAGAAAAAACAACAUGCCUUCCAUUGAAAACAUUGAAUUAGAAAAUAAAGUAAGGAAAAGCGCUUUAACAAAACAAAACGCUCAAUUUGCAGCAAAGCUUUGUCAUUGCCUUCAUUUAAACUGUUUAUUUUAUUAAAUUCUUGCUUUUUUAGGGAUCUCAUUGAAUGAUUGCCUUUGAUAUUUUGUCGAUGUUGUAAUAUAUAUGCCUUCGAGCUUUUAUGAAAUAUUGAAAAAUUGUAUUGCUUAUACUAGAAUGUUUAGAUAUGUACAUGAAAAUUAAAUUUUUCUGCCCAGAGAGAUUUGAAUUUCCUAAAACAUGAGCAAAUACUAGUUAUAUGCUUUUAAUUUUGCGUGAAAUAUUGUAAUAUUUUUGUUAAAUCUAUUUUUGCCAACAGGAACCUUAUUCCUAUACCAAGUUUAGGACAUUUCAGGAGUCACAUCUGUAAUUACAAAAAUUGCAACCAAAUCACACAAAUACUCACACAUAUUUACUCACAUAUGUAUCUAGUGGCUUUCGCUUUUUUAUCAAUUUUUAAGAGCGCAAUAACGGUUGUUAGGCAUAUAUCGUAAAAAUCGAGCGAGUACAUAGCUGUUAUUGGUUUAAAUAAUCCUGAAUUUAUGUAUUUAAAUAUUUUACUGUUUAUCGUGUAAAUAGAACAAUAUGUGUAGAUAUGUAUAUAGCAAAGUGAAUGGAUAUUUGUACAUUUACAUAUGUGCGUGAGUGUGUAGACUGUACCAGAUACAUAUACAAAUAUUUAUAAAUACCGAAAGUAUUAAUUUCGUUAGUGAAACGAAUAGGCAAUAAAAUGCAUUUCUAAAUGUUGUUGCAAUAGUGGCAUUGCAUUCAAACAAUACGGAAUACCAAUUAAAGCCCUAGCAUAUUACUGUAAAUAGCAACCGCUUCCAAGCGCCCGUCCUUCGUUGGCGUUCGUGUGUCAAUAUGCCAGCGAAAUUUACGCCGUUUGUAGAAAAGCUAAUUUAUUUACUAUUUAUUUUGUGGUUCAAAGCGCAACCACUAAGUGUUAUAUAUAUUUCGUUGAAACGGUAAAAACAAAAAUCUGUAUUUUUUACUUUCUCUAUAUGUACGAGUAUAAUUUAAGCUUAAAAAAUGUGUGAAACAACUGUAAAAAGUAUGUAUAUGUGGAUGCGUUGAAAGCAAUUCACAUUAUAUUAAUUAGAAUCGAAAGUGUGAAAAUGUGGAUAACGAAAAAAUUAUAGGGUAAUCACGGUUUGUAUAAACUGUUUGUAAGAUACAACUAACUAAGAGCGUACAGUGCUCGUGUAUUAUGUAAAUAAAUAUGUGUCAUUGAGUGUGUUACUUCACAGUUAUAGAUAAAACUGAAAGCAUUCGUAAAUGCAUACUACUUGAACAUAUAGUACUCCUACUAUAUAUACAUACAUACCAUAUAUGGUACUAUAUCAAUGUGAACUAUUGUAUUGUAUUUAUAUUGUACUUAUGUAUGUAUUUGUAUUCAUGAGACUAACAUUACAAAUGCUUUAGUUUUAAUUACAUAUAUAAACUCCUAAGCUUAACGAGCCAUGUACAUGUAUAAAAUGAGAAUUAUAUGUUAUAUAAAUAGGAUUAUAUGCUAGAGUAAAAGGUGACUUGUGCGCAAGCAUAUACAUACAUACAUAUUAUAUUAUAGAUAAAUGCAGUUAUAUAUAAUUUUGUAUAAAUUAAUGGGAGUAAAUGAAAUAUUAAAUGUUAUUUAUUACUCAGAUCAUCUAAUAGGACAAGUAGCAAACGUACCACUGUAUUUAUUAUUUGCAAUGUAAUUAAAAUAUACAGUUAGGCGUAAAUAUUUAAAUGAGAGGUAACACAAUUAUAGCAAAAAAAAACUGAGUUAGAAGGUAUACAAUUAAUGUUAAAAGGAGAAAAGAAUAAAUAAAUAAGAAAUAUAUGCGAAAUAAAA